AUGAAAAAGCCUGCAGCUGUGAAGGCGGUCGGGAAGGUUCUAAAGCCGAUCCUGAAGAAGCCCUCGUUGCUUCUUCCUGUUGAGAAGAAGAAGGCGGCCAAGAAGGACGAGGAGAAGACGAAGCCCGAGGACACCACGAAGGACGAGAAGCCGCCCACGAAGAACAACAAGCAGUCCAAGAAGGAGCCGUCCAAGGAGGAGAAGAACGACAAGAAGCCCAAGAAGGAGCAGUCCAAGGAGCAGAAGAACGACAAGCAGUCCAAGAAGGAGCCCAAGGAGAAGAAGAACGACAAGACCAAGGACGAGCCGGAGAAGACGAAGGAGAAGUUCCCGCUGAGCUUGACGAACAUCAGGACGCACUCCGAGUUGUUGGAGGUGAAAGGCUGGUCGGGCAAGGAGAUGGUCUGGAAACUCUUUGAGAAAGGACGGCAAAAGGAAGGAUGUGAUGCAUCCUACCGAGACCAGACAAGCGGUGCCGGUGGAAACAAGAGAAAGCAAGACAUGUUGACCAGCUGGCUUCUUGAUGAAGGGAAGUGCGGGAAGUACUACCAGAAAGCAUGCUUGCAACUGACGAAGAUGAGCUCGCACCAGGUUCAGGUGACUUGGGAACCCUGGAAAACCAUGCAGAAUCGCUACGGCAAGACGGAGGCAUUGGCCCGCUUGAAGGCGGGAACCAUGAAAUGGAGAAGAUCGAAGACAGACUCGAACUUUUUGGAGUUCGCCAACGUGCACGACAAGGAAUCCGAAGGCUUUGAGAAAAAGAAGAGCUGCUCAGUGCAGGGCCCCGACAAGAAGGUCGGCAAGAACAGGGCUCUCGCCUUGGACAAGCUCACUUUCGAGGAGCUGCAGGACAUGGAGCAGGUGAAGGAGAUGAAGAUCGACCCCGACUUGAAGUCUGUCAUUACGAAGAUGAAUGAUGACCAAGACCAGAGCUCCAGCGACGAGGAAGACAGCGAGUCCAGCCACGCGAAGAAGGUGACGAUCACGAAGAAGAAGAAAACGAAGAGGACUUCCUCAUCGUCGAAGUCGAAGGCGAAGAGCAUGGAUUGGGAGAAGUUGUCGCAGAUUGAGGAGACAGACAACAAGAGUGAGUUCAACAAGAAGUUGACCCUCUUCAAGUCCGAGCUGCAGAAGGAAGAGACCUUCUUUGAGAUGCUGCUCCUGGAGUCGAAGCUCAGGAAGAACGAGAAGAAGGACGUCCAGCAGAACCUGGAGGAUCUGUCGAAGACCUUGAAACAGGUGGGGUCGGGCAUUGAGAACCUCGCCAGUAAGGAUGCUGUGAAAAAGAGCCUCCUGAUGGCCCUCAAGUCGUUGAAGGCUUCGAAGAACCUGAAGAAGAACUUGGCAGUCUGCAAGGAGACCCAGACCAAGGACAAGAAGCUCAAGCGCCAGAGCAGUGAUGCAGAGAGCUGA